GUUUGAGUACCGAGGUUUGUACCUGUGUAUAAGGAAGUGGAUACUGAGACUAGCACGACGCUACGAGGUUCGGAACGGGCAUCAAUACUGUACAUACACCAACAGUACAUCGCGCAAUAUGACAUUAGUUUCUCGAACAACUCUGAUUCCAGGGCUAAAGACAGCUAAAGGGAACAAUGGUCCGCGGAAGGUGCAGAAGGCUCGCAGCAGGAAGCAAUUGCGAGCCCUGGGUAAGGGAACCCGGGAGAAGCUGAACGCGAAGGUGAACGCGAAGCUGAAUGCGAAGGUGAACGCGAAGCUGAACGCAAAGCUGAAUGCAAAGCUGAAUGCGAAGCUGAAUGCGAAGCUGAAUGCGAAGCUGAAUGCGAAGCUGAACGCGAAGCUGAACGCGAAGCUGAACGCGAAGCUGAACGCGAAGCUGAACACGAAGGGCAAGCGAGAGGGGGAGAAAGAGGCAGAGAGAGAGGAGAUGAGAGAGAAGAUGACUACCGAAUCAGUCAAUGAGGAAGAAGACGAGGGUCGGUAUAGACGGGCUGAUAGUCAGGAAAGUGAUGUGCACGACGAGUCUCAUUGCGGUGAAUGUACCAACCCCGCGAGGCCCUUCAGGUAUGAUACGGGAGUUGAUAACUGACUGUAUGAGGGUUUAUUUGGGAUUUGAAGGUAUCGAGUCAAUGGGCUUGAUACUCCGUUGUCAGUGAUGCUCACUUUGCACUGAGUGGUGAGCGAGGGGUUCUUUGAACGCGUUCAAUUGUUGUUCGACGCGUCGGGGGAAGUGUCUGUUGAUCGCGAAGCGCACUUUAUCAGCUGAGGUGUCACAAAUCAUGGGUUCUAAAUCAUGGUUGCUGACCUUGUUG